AUGUGGAAGAGAAAGGGAAAUAGCAAGCCGGCUUCUCCUCCUCCGCCUCAUCCUCCUCCUCCUUCGGAAAUCGGCCUGGGCUCCGCAACCGCACCCGCAUCCGCAUCUCCACCCGAGAUCUCCGGAAAACCAGGCUCCGCUUUCCUCCUCUCCGAACCCGAGGCCUCGGCCCCUCCCUUGGCUUACGGUAUCGGUAACGGUCUCUCCGAUCCGAACCCCUCCAACACCACCGGCAUCGCCACAGGCCUCAACCUCGCCCUCCCACCUGACCAACCCCCGCUGAUAUCAUCCUUCCCGACCCAAGACGAAUGCCUAGCGCACCUCCGCCUCUUAACAGCCUUUGAUCGCCUCAAGACGGAAACAGGGUACCGUGAUGGUCUGUGGGAUAUCUGGGAUGCGCGGGCCGGCACUAGCACUACUUCCACGAAACACCCUCACACACGCAACCGUGAUAGCAAUGCCAACAACAGCGAAGAAUAUGGUCACAAGACCACCAAGAAAGCACCAAUAGACCCGGAUACUGGAUCCGAACCUGAACUCGACCUCGAUAUCCUAAUCAGGCUCCGCGAAAAGAGGUGGGCAAUCUACCUCGGCCGCGCCGUAGACCGCUACGCAGCAUGGUGGCGGGGUUUCGACCCAAACAUGCUCCUCGAGAGCGACAUGCUUGUCGUUGAAACCAAACCUGGUCAGCCAUUCUCCUCGUCCGACAGCGGAGGGUCACGUCAGGAUCAGAGCGGAACUGAGGGGGAGGAUGAGUCUGGGGGCAGUAGACAGCGCCGGACCCGGGCCCGGUAUGAAGGAUUCCCCGAGUCGAAGCUGAUGGUUUGGCGCGAGGAGAUGCUGCCACCUCUGGAUGUUUUGCUCGUCUGGCACGCGCAUAUGCUCAACCCAAGACUCUAUCUCGAAGUCCGCAUCCCCCAUUGUCUAGUCCUAGUCACCAUCAUCGUCAAUAUACUGACAAUCAUUAAGGACUGCCUCCGAUACGGCUACAACUCCCUAUGGGCAGCAGGUAUCCCUUGGUCCAAUGUCAACGCCGCCAUCGUCGGCCCAACGUUCGGCUACGUCGUCUCGCACGCCUGCAAAGCACAUUGGGAAACGCACACGAAUCUCGCCUGGCGUAACGAAGACGAUCCAGACGCCAAAGAUAUUCCAUGCCCCGCGUGUUCUACCGUGGUCUCCAUCCCGUGGACGACAUGCGGAAUGCCACGGGGCUAUUCAGGUGCAAAGUGA